AAGAAAGAGAAGAGAACCGGCGAAACGGCAGCGUAUCUGGACCUCGGCCCUCCCUUGUCGGAGUUCCCUCAAUCUCCGCUUCCGAAGCUCACCGCAUCCUUCUUUGGCAAAAAGCGUUGUUCCCAUCUUGAUUUUUGCUUCGUUCGUCCCCCGCGAAACAGCAAGAACUAAGUAAAGAAGACACGAUGCCGCCGCAGGACGCGGCGGCGGCGGCGGCGGCCGCGGCGAAGGACGAGGACGAGGACGGGAUGAGCUUGGGCUCCAUCCUCAAGGACAGGAAGAGCAAAGCCCUCAAUGCCGCCCUCGCCGCUUCUCCCAGGCCUCGCCCCAGGGAAGUGAAGGCGAAGAAGGAGGAGGCCGGGGGAUCCAACGACGGCUCCGACAAGAAGAAGGGGCCCCAGAAGUCCGGUUCCGUCUCGGCCUCGGUCUCGGGUCCCGGGUCUAGGGUGGUUAAGGUGAAGAAGGAAGAGAAGGUGGAAGAAGACGACGACGACGACGACAAGCCCAUUUCGAGGAAGCUGGCAAGUGUCAAGCUUGGCAAGGAAGUGAAUGUGAAGAAGAAAGUCAAGCAAGAGGAUGUUAAGACAGUUAAAGUUGAAGUAAAGCGGAAGAAGAGCACGGCUGUGUCGAAGGUGGAACCUGGGAAGAAGAGGGAGAAGAAGGUCUACGAUUUGCCUGGCCAGAAGCGGGAUCCUCCUGAAGAAAGAGACCCACUGAGGAUUUUCUAUGAGUCGCUGCACCAGCAAAUUCCCCGCAGUGAGAUGGCGCAAUUCUGGAUGAUGGAGUCUGGGUUGCUACCCAAAGAAGAGGCAAAGAAGGUUUUUGAGAAAAAACAGAGAAAGAGCCAAGGUCAAAAACUCAGUUCCCCAGCAAAAUCUGCUGUAUCAGUUAAGAGAAGCUCUCAAACCGUGUCCAUCAAGAAGAAAGAUCUGUCCUCUUCGGUGUCUUCCAAAAAGAAGACAACGGAUGUCAAAGUAUUGUCGAAGCAGCCCAAGAAGCGCAAGGAUGAAGACAGCGAAGAUUCAGAUGACGACUUUGUUAUUUCUAGGACAAAGAGACAGAGAGUGGGUAAUUAGUUCUUUCGGUCUUAGCUGCGUUUAUCAUCUUUUAUUAUGGAGCUUGAUCCGACGUUACCUUAUUGAUUCCAUGGAUACUUCGGACAGAUCUAGCUCUUCAGUGAUUUCUUUCAUUGGGAAGUUCCUUGAAAUUUUAGUUCACAGAUCUCCAUUUGCAUUGAAGGAAAUUGAUUUUCGACAAAACAAGUUCUUCAAUUCAGCUUUAGUCAGUGAGCUAUUGUUUAUGUGCUAAGUAGUUCAUAUUGUAUUGGUAAGAUCUGAAGUGAUGACUGAUGAGCAUUUCGUGAACUACUGAUACAUAGAUGGUAAAAUCAUAGAUCGAUAUUGGCGAA